AUGGUGCGCUCCGGGAAUGCUGUGCCACCUGCCCCAGCCCCUCCUCGGAGCCCACCCCGAGGGUUGAUGCAGGAUGUCAGCGGGCCACAGAGGGAGCUGCGCCCUCGGCUCUGCCACCUGCGGAAGGGACCUCAGGGCUAUGGGUUCAACCUGCACAGUGACAAGUCCCGGCCUGGCCAGUAUAUCCGCUCCGUGGACCCGGGCUCACCUGCUGCCCACUCUGGACUCCGUGCCCAGGACAGACUCAUUGAGGUAAAUGGGCAGAACGUGGAGGGGCUGCGCCACGCUGAGGUCGUUGCCAGCAUCAAGGCACAAGAGGAUGAGGCCCGGCUACUGGUGGUGGACCCAGAGACUGAUGAGCACUUCAAGCAGCUACGGAUCACGCCCACUGCAGAGCACGUGGAAGGUGUCCUGCUGUUACCUGUCACCAAUGGGACCAGCCCUGCCCAGCUCAAUGGUGGCUCUGUGUGCUCCUCCCGAAGUGACCUGCCAGGCUCUGACAAGGACAUUGAGGACGGCAGUGCCUGGAAGCGGGACCCCUUCCAGGAGAGCGGCCUACACCUGAGCCCCACAGCAGCUGAAGCCAAGGAGAAGGUUCGAGCCACACGGGUCAACAAGCGGGCGCCACAGAUGGACUGGAACCGGAAGCGUGAGAUCUUCAGCAACUUCUGAGCCCCUCCCUGCCUGUUCUCUUGGCCCCCGGACCUCAGCUGCCCAGAACUCCUCAAGCCUGAGUGGACUGAGGUGGUCCCCCGCUGCC